UCAGCUGCCAGCUCCUAAAACUUCAAACAACUGCCUUUUUUUUUGUUAAAUUUAUUUCAAGGCUAAAACACUUAACUAAACCUCAAAAUGGAAAUCCGGGAGCGACUCUACACCAUAAUGGUGAACCAGAGCUCCUUGUCGCGUUCCACGGUGACCGAGAGCAUGGCCAAGUUCGCGAUUCAGAAUCUUGAAGGUUCCGUGAGUCUUGAGAAGACAAUUGUGAGGAUUCUUCUGGCGAUUGAGGACAAGUACCGCAACUACUUCGAGGCCUACCAAAAGGAGAUGGAGCUGCAGAGGAUCGCAGCUCAGACUUUGAGUCAACUGAUCCAACGCUAUAAGAUCACCAUGCAAGUGGACACGAGCUGCAUGUGUCCGAAUAUCUACGAAAUCGAAUCGGAGGAGGCAAUACUAAACAAAUACUAUCUGCACUACCAGGUGAUAGUUAGUUCGAAUAAAAACCAAGGAUGGGCCAUCCAUCAUCUGCGACAGUUUGUCCUAAUUUUCCGAAGAGAGUGCUCAAAGUUGGAUCAUAAAGCGGAGAGUUCUUUCAUCAUGGGUGAUGCUUUUCACAGGCCGAUCAAGUUUUUCAUGGAGUUGGUGGAUGAGUUGUUUGCCUACUUCUAUUCCGGUCAUUUGCAGUUGGAUUGCGCUGCCCGACUGUUGGAUCCCUUGGAUCUGAGUAGCCUGGAGCACUACCAAAAGCUACUGGCUCCCAAUGAGGAUUUCGAUGAGUACUUCCUGCACAACAUCAGCUUCUGCCAGUGCCUGCGACCGCCUCCUAGAUGUGCUACAUACGAGUGCCACCAGAAGAUCAAGGAUCAGGCAGAACCCUAUAUUUCGCAGGCCAAGAAGGCAAGAUGUCUGAGGCGUUUCAACAAGAUGGCCAACUUGGAGGUGGAGGAUCCGAAGAGAGAGAGCGGUGAAGUCAAACGGGAGCCAUCGGUCGUCAGCACUCACAGCGAGAAGUUGGCCAAAAGUAUCAGUCGUAAUAGCCGCGAUUCGACUCAGCUGAGGGAACCACUUCCAGCUGUUAGCCAACAACACGAGUUGGACCUAACCAAUCAGCUGAGGAAUGCCAUUAAUAUCAUCUGCUAACUCCACUCCUGGCUCGAAAUUAUGUUUCUAUGGCUCCGCUAAUCUGAAUUACGUAAACUUAAAAUGUAAUGUCAGCCAAUUAAACGGGCGAAGUGCA